AUGAAGUUAUCUAUACUAUUGAGUGUCCUGGUGAUCGCAGCCGCCAGCGCUGUGCCGCGGCAGCAGCGCCAGUUUCCUGAUGACUUCAUUUUCGGUACUGCCACAGCUUCGUACCAAAUCGAGGGCGCUUGGGAUGAAGAUGGCAAAGGCGAAAAUAUUUGGGACUACAACACCCACCGCGACCCGACCAUCAUUGACGAUCAGAGCAACGGCGACGUGGCCGCUGACUCCUACCACAACUACAAGAGAGAUGUCGAAAUGAUGCGGGAACUCGGUCUGGACUGCUACCGUUUCUCACUGUCCUGGCCCAGAAUCCUCCCUUCCGGCUUUCCCAACCACAUCAACCAAGCUGGCGUCGACUUUUAUAACAACUAUAUCGACGAAAUGCUGAAAUACAACAUACAACCUAUAGUAACUCUAUACCAUUGGGAUUUACCCCAAAAACUCCAAGAGUUAGGCGGCUUUACGAACCCUUUAUUCGAAGAAUGGUUUGAAGAUUACGCAAGAGUUGCAUACAGCCUUUUCGGAGACAGAGUUAACUUCUGGAUUACUUUUAACGAGCCUAUGCAAAUCUGCUAUCAAGGAUAUGGGUCCGUGACUAAGAUACCUCAAGUGAAUGCUACUGGUAUAGGAGAAUACCUGUGUGCUAAGCAUUUAGUGAUGGGUCAUGCGAGGGCGUACCAUGCCUAUAAUAAUGAUUUCAAGCCGUCCCAAGGCGGGCAAUGCGGGUUAGCGAUUAAUUUGCAAUGGUAUAUGCCUGAUACGGACUCGGAAGAGGAUGCACAUGCAGUGGAUUUGAUGAACCAAGCUUAUUGGGCGCUUUACACCGAUCCUAUCUACUCACCUGAAGGCGGUUUCCCCAAAGAAUUAUCAGAGAUAGUCGCCAAGAAAAGCGCUGAGCAAGGUUACCCUCGUUCCCGAAUGUUGUCCUUCACAGAAGAAGAAAGGGUUUACGUCCAAGGCACUUAUGAUUUCUUAGGACUGAACCAGUAUUCAGGGAACAUCGUUUCAGCGACGAAGUAUAAGACGCCGCAAGCGGUCCCGUCGAUAUAUGAUGAUAUAGAUGUCGGAUUGACUGUUGAUGAAACGUGGCUGAAGGGCCAGGGGGCUUCGUUUUAUCUAGUCCCCGACAGUCUUUACAACUGCCUGACCCUCCUACGCCAGCGCUACAAUGACCCCGACAUCUACGUCACCGAGAGCGGCUGGUCGGGCGCUCCCGACGCUAGUCUCAUAGACGAGGACCGGGUCACGUAUUACGCUACCAUCAUGGAACAGAUGCUGGCUGCCAUAGAUGAGGGGGUCAAGCUGAAGGGUUAUAUGGCUUGGAGUUUGCUGGAUAAUUUUGAGUGGAUGAGGGGAUAUACCGAGCGUUUCGGCCUGUACGCCGUAGACUUCUCCUCGCCCGAGCGAACGCGCACUCCCCGGCUGUCCGCGUUCUUCUACAAAGAGGUGUUAUGCACUCGUACUGCCGUCGCCGCCGACUACCGCCCUGAAGAAGUGGCCAGUGUAGAUGUGCCUCAGCCGAGUCGGCGCGCGCGAGGCAUGUCUAGGCUGUAUGGCCGUUUUGUGCGCGAGGAAAUUGCCUCGCGCGGAUGCUUGCUCCGUGCGGACCCGGCUACCAUGCAGCUACUCGUCCUUUUAAGUUUAGCAGUGCUAGGCAGCAAUGCUGCAUCCGUCAAGGAGGAGAGGAGGUUUCCCGAUGAUUUCCUCUUUGGCACGGCCACCGCGUCCUACCAGAUAGAGGGCGCUUGGAAUGAAGAUGGCAAAGGAGAAAGCAUAUGGGACCACAUGACCCACAACAAGCCGCAUGUGAUCAAAGACCAGACCAACGGUGACAUCGCAGACGAUACGUACCACAAUUACAAACGGGACGUCGAGAUGAUGAGGGAAUUAGGUCUAGAUGCUUACAGAUUCUCCCUGUCCUGGUCCAGAAUUCUUCCCACCGGCUUCCCCGGCCAGAUAAACCAGGCUGGAGUUGAUUUCUACAACAACUAUAUCGAUGAAAUGCUGAAAUACAACAUCAAGCCCAUGGUAACGCUGUACCAUUGGGAUUUGCCUCAGAAACUCCAAGAGUUGGGGGGAUUUACAAACCCCCUCUUCAUUGAAUGGUUUGAGGAUUACGCUAGAGUAGUAUUUGCCGCGUUCGGUGAUCGAGUUAAACAUUGGAUAACUUUCAAUGAGCCUAGAGAGAUAUGCUAUGAAGGUUACGGUUGGACAACGAAAGCCCCUCAGCUGAAUGCCACUGGUAUAGGGGAGUACUUGUGCGCUAAGCACUUGGUGGUGGCUCAUGCGAAGGCGUACCACGCGUAUAAUAAUGACUUCAAGCCCAACCAAGGUGGUCAGUGUGGAAUUACGAUCAGCACUAACUAUUUCGCGCCGUUGACGGAUUCUGAUGAGGAUAAGGCGGCUGCUGAACUUUUCGCGCAAUCACAGUGGGUCAUAUACGCCGAGCCCAUUUUCUCCGAGCAAGGUGGCUUCCCCAAAGAGUUGACUGAGCGCGUCGGGGCUAAAAGCAAGGAACAGGGCUAUCCCAGGUCUCGUAUGCCAGAGUUCACUGAAGACGAGAUAGCCCUCGUGAAAGGCGCUUCGGACUUCUAUGGAGUUAAUCACUACACAUCCGUUUUCGUGUCAGCUAGUGAUUAUAAAGAAGAACAUCCCGUGCCGGGGCAGAUGGAUGAUGCGGAUGUAGGCACGUUUGUGCCGGACGAAUGGCCUAAGUCAGCGUCUGUCUGGUUAAAUCAAGCGCCUCGCAGCUUGUACAACGCCUUAACUGACGUACACAAGAGAUACAACAGCCCAGACAUAUACGUGACGGAGAACGGAUGGUCAUCACACGGCGGUCUGCAGGACGAUGAUCGUAUCCGGUACUACAGAGCCGCGCUGUCCGACCUGCUGGAUGUGCUGGACGAGGGAGUCCAGCUAAAGGGAUACAUGGCCUGGAGUUUAAUGGACAAUUUUGAGUGGAUGGAGGGAUACACAGAGCAUUUUGGUCUAUACGAGGUGGACUUCGAAUCGCCCGAGAGGACGCGAACGGCGCGCAAAUCCGCGCUUGUCUACAAGCACAUUAUCGCCAACAGAAUGAUCGAUCCUGACUACGAGCCUGAAAAUCUCAAUAUCAGCAUAGAUGAAGGACAUUAAUGACAACCUUGCCUACAACCUGGC